AUGAAUAUGUCCUCUGAAACUAAAAAGUCGAAUAAAAGUCGAAGACAGCAUUCCAAUUCCAAAACCGGGUGCCCUACUUGUAAGAAAAGAAGAAUAAAGUGUACAGAAGAAUUGCCAUCCUGUUCCUGCUGCAUUAAACAUAAAGUCAAGUGUGGAUACUUAGAUUUCACCGAAGCACAGCUUAAAGAACUCUUGGCUGCUAAGGCUGCCGCUGCUGCAAAAAAGGAAUCUUCCAAUAGUGGUACGUCUUUGUCUGGCGCUGCUUCGGCUGCUGGUGCCGGUUCUGCAACUAGUAACGAAGAAGUCGACUUAAGACUUGCCGACAGGCAGAAGCAAAGAUUUGACUUGACUCCUCAUCGACUGCACCUGCUUAAUCUGGUGCAAAGUGGUAAAUCUAAUAGGGAAUCACCGGGCUCUCUGGAUUCACCAGAGAAUGCAAGUAAUUCGCCUGCACUGGGUAGCUUUACCGUUCCAACCAACAAACCUAGUACUAAUUUCGUGAAACAUUUGUCUACUUCUUCUAGCUCUAUGACUAGUGCAACGCCUCACCACUCUAUCUCGUCCACUUCCGGAUUUCCACCUUCUCAAUAUAACUUAUCUCGGUCUUCGUCUAGUGGAGGUAAUUUUGCAGGUGGAGGUGGCGGAGGUGAUUCAGCGUUCUCCAGUUACUUCUCGUUGAUUGGCGGAGUGAGUAAUGCAUUAUCGAUAGACCAAAGAGAGAUCACUCAAAAUUUUGAUAAUCUUUUGCCAACCUCGACUGAAGACCCUGAAAACUCGAUUAUAUAUCCAGUUUAUUCAAUAGGUGAAGCUCACGAAGAAAAAUUUAGCCCUAGCUGGAGACAACAAUAUCAACAGUCAAUACCGGGAAAGGAAAAAAGUAAUGAACUGUCUCUAAGUGAACAGCAGAAACAACUACACGCCCAAACUCAAGGGGUAAAAGUUCCCCUGCAUUUCUUCAAAGCAUCUAUUGAAGCUUUAAUUCCGCAGUCACUUUCUCAUUCAACAAUUGGAUCACCUCUAAUCAAAGGUAGAAAGACUUCAGCUGGAGCACUCUAUUCUGGAGCACUUCCUGGAGCAAUUUUAUCAGACUACAGCUUCCCUUUACUCACAAAAGUGAAAUACAAUUACGUGAAUCUUUUCGUAAAGGUGUUGUACGUUUCAGGACCAAAAAUCGCCAAGGGAAUUUGUCCAUUAGACGAAAUUAGAUUUCUUUAUACAACCUGGAUGAAUUCAUUCUUCUAUAGAGCAUACGAUUCCUCCCUCAUGUUCAGUUGCCUUUUGAAUUUGAGCACGAAUUUCUUAUACUCGAACUGUUUGCAGGGAGACUAUGUAUCUAAUGCGUUUCCCUUACUGACUAGAAGUAUGGUUAGAAAUCUGUUUCUUGUCAUUUCUAUCAAGCAUUAUGGAAAGACUAUCAAAUUGCUUAGAGAAGUUCUUAAUAUGUCUAAUAGUCCAGAACUUUGCUCGUCAAUCUCAUACAUUUUAAGUUUAAUGUCGAUAUACGACCCUGAAGCAAAUAUGAAUUCUAUUAAUUGUUUCAGAGAUGGAUUGUUUAGUGUGAUUUCUCAUCAUUUGAACAUUGCUAAAAGCAAAGGGAUACAACCUUCUCCAUUUAUCCCAUAUUAUUCACAGUUAAUGAAAAAUAUUGAAAGGUCUGUCUACUUACCGUCAUACGAUUCCACUUUCCUCAACGAGUACCUGACAAUUCUACUAAAAUUCGAUGAUAUCUUAAAAUGGUAUAUGUCUCAGUCAGCAGUACUCUCAAGCAACAUGAAAUUUAUUUUCAACAAGUAUAAUGAUUUGGUAAAUUUUUCGAACGAUACUCUCCUGAGUUACUUACCAGAGAUAAACAAAAAUAUUCAUAACAUAGAAGUACAACAAGAAAUUCUCUUUGAUAUGAUUCACAGAUGGGUUAGAUUGUUUCCACUGAAGUUAUCAUUUCUUUCCACCAACACUCAUCCUUUAGAGAAAGUAUUAUUCCUUUUUUACAAAGUAUUUAAAAGAGCACUUUGGGCCAUUGUGCCACAGGUGAAGUUCAUCUUUUUAAGGGACUUUGAGACUCCGUUAAUGAGUGACAUCUUUAAUACUAAGAAUGAAUAUGAUAUAUUUGAUCAUGAGUUAGAUUUUCCCAAUGAAGAGCUUCUUGAUUUUCCUAUAUCGGUGUACCAAGUUCAUUUGAAUAAUCUCAAAUGGAUAUCAUCGUAUUUGAUUCGUCUCAACAGUUUUUUCCAGCGAAGAACUGGAAUCUUGUAUAAGGUAUUGGUUAUCGACAAUGAUACUCAGAAGAAGUUCCCAAUUGAUGAUAUUAGGAAAUGGAGAGUUCAAAUUAAAGACAUUGAACAAGCUAGAACAAAUUAUGCCAGUGUGAUCGGAAUACUGGAAACAUAUAUUCAAUCGUUUGAAAAUACUAUCAUUGAGCCGAAGCAUUACCCUAUCAAAAACGUACUACAGACGUCUUCAAAUGUAUCACAGCCUGCUGAUUUUUACACAUUACAACCUAAUGGAUUAUUGCUAGCUGAUUUUGACCCAAUGAGUAAAUGA